AUGGAUUUCUCUAAGCCCACAGCAUGUGAAGCCUCUAUGGAACUUGCGCCAGGGUUCAAGUUUAAACCAACUGAAGAGGAGAUCGUGAUGCGCUACCUUGGUCCUCGUGCUGUGAAUGAACCACUCCCCUCAGCGUUCAUUGUUGAUGUGGAUAUCCUAAGCUGCAACCCUUGGGACCUAGUACCAGAGGGAUCUGUGGAGAAAUACUUCUUUUGUCAAAGAGUACAAAAUGGCCACAUGGAAACCGGUACAAUCGUGCAGCAGGUGAUGGACACUGGAGAGCAUCGGAAAACACUGGUGUUCUACCUUGGCAAGGCACCAGCUGGUGAGAACAAAGAAUGGGUCAUGCAAGAAUAUAGCCUUGUUCAAACCGGCCUCACACCCUAUCCAGUGAUUAGUCCCAAUGGAACCAACAACCUAGGAGAACACAGCCGUGAUGCAGUGGCAAUCACAAAGAAAAAGGAUAAUCUCUCUGAAGCUCUCUCCAAUGCUACUACAAGUGUGCCCAAGGUUGUUCCUGUCAUGAUUAAUCCAGAUGACUCCUGGGUUGUCUGUCGCAUCAACAAGAAGAAGAAGCAGAAGCGUGCACCACGUGCCACUUCCCAGCGUUACAACAUUGCAGAUGGAGGGCAGGUCUGCUUCUUCAACUUCCUUGGGCAGGGUAAUUCAGAGGGAACUUCUAGCUCAGGCAGCCUCACCGACCUACCAAUAGAGAAGGCAAAGGAUAAUAAUGAGGGUAGGGGUGGAACCAACGACAAAGAUGAUACAAAUGAGGCCGGGAAGUAA